AUGUGGCGGCGGGCGCUGUGCGUGGGGCUGCUGGCCCUGGCGUUGGGCUACCUGUGCCUGCUGGGCCCUCAGCUGCCCCCCUCGGCCCUGCGGCUCCUCCCCGCCUCGCUGCUGGGGGGGCUGCGCCGGGCCGGCUCCCUCGAGAGCCGCAUGGUGGCGGCCUGGCAGGCGGCCAUCGUCCGCCCGGCGCGGGGCUGGGCGCGCGUCGCCGUCGGCGUCAACGCCUGUGUGGACGUGGUUCUGUCUGGCGUGAAGUUGCUGGAGGCACUUGGUCUCGAACCUGGGGAUGGAAAAAACCACGCCGUCCUGGCCUCCCAGCAGGACCUGAGGGAAGCAUUUAUGCACUUCAUGGAGAAAGGGGCGGCUGCCGAGCGCUUCUUCAGCGAUGCGGAGUCUUUCCAUCACAUAGCACGGACAGCCUCAGAGUACCCAGGUGCCCAGCUUUACGUAGGAGGAAACGCUGCUCUCAUUGGUCAGAAGCUUGCAGCAAAUCCAGACCUGAAGAUCCUCCUUUGUGGCCCAGUUGGUCCCAAGCUCCACGAACUGCUUGAUGACAAUGUGGUUGUGCCACCUGAAUCCAUGCAGGAAAGAGAUGAAUUCCAUCUCAUCUUGGAGUAUCAAGCAGGUGAAGAGUGGGGACAGGUGAAAGCGCCCAAUGCCAACCGCUUUAUCUUCUCCCACGACCUAUCAAACGGCGCCUUAAAUAUGCUGGAAGUGUUCGUGUCCAGCUUGGAUGAAUUUCAGCCAGAUCUUGUGGUGCUCUCAGGACUUCACAUGAUGGAAGGCCAGAGCAAGGAGAUGCGACACAGACGACUAAUGGAGGCUGUGGCCUCCAUCUCUGACAUCCCUACUGACAUUCCAAUACAUCUGGAGUUGGCCAGUAUGACUGACCAGGAUUUUAUGAGCAACAUUGUGCAUCAGCAGGUCUUUCCCCUCGUAAACUCCAUCGGGCUGAACGAGCAGGAGCUGCUCUUCCUCACGCAGUCAGCCUCUGGUCCCCACGCCUCCCUUGCUUCCUGGAACGGCAUCCCUGAUGUGGGCGUAGUCAGCGACAUCCUCUUCUGGGUCCUGAAGGAGCACGGGAAGACCGCAGACCGGGCCUCUGAUCUCACACGCAUCCACUUCCACACCCUGGCCUACCACAUCCUUGCCACGGUGGAUGGGUUCUGGGGCAACCAGGUUGCUGCCGUGGCUGCUGGAGCUAGAGCUGCAGGGGCUCAGGCUUGCGCGACUGAAACCAUCGACACCAGCAAAGUCUUUCUGAAGGCUCCUCUGGAGUUUGUGACCUCCCAGAUAGAGGCACCUUCCAAAAUAUCCUUAAAUCCAGAUGAGCCAGUAGUGCAUUGGCACAGAGAAGGCAUCUCAUUCCACUUCACACCCGUUUUGGUGUGUAAGGAUCCUGUCCGGACCGUGGGACUCGGGGAUGCUAUUUCAGCUGAAGGACUGCUAUAUUCAGAAGUGUAUCCUCAGUAGGAGACCAAGGCCCUCCUUUGUCUCCAGUACUGUAUGGUGUCUGAGGAAUCAUGCUCUUCUCAUUAGGAUUUCAGGCAGUGGUGAUAUAGGAACAGAAUCAGGGUGUGCUAUGUUUUCUGGACAUAACUGUAAAAGAGCCAAAGAAUAAUUCCAGGUAUAAACUGUCAGAUACAUUCCAGUCACUUUGCAGCGACUAAAACAUUUCACGUUGGAGUGCAGAGGUUUUAGUAUUUAAUGUGAAAAUUGGUUUUUCUUUGUCUUAAGCAUGCGGGGAGGGAAACAAAUGCCAAAAUCCCUGUCUGGAGUAGGUUUGCUCUGUGGGUCUUGUCUGUUAGUGCUGGAAAAGUGCUACAGCCAGGAGAAUUUUGUGUGUGUGGAUCCCAGGCUGAGCACAGCAGUGCUUGGCCCUGCCUUGCUUCUGAUAAAGUAAAAAUAAAAGGCUCUUGCAUUAUCUCCUCUCAGCACAUUGCUACAUGGCAAGAGCAAGCCUUGCGUUUGCUUGGUGCGAUGAUGAAAUCUGUUACUGACAAAAUUACCUCUCAACCUCAGCGCCCCUCGAGCUGGAGGGAGCCGCAGCCCUGAAAUGUGACGCACGCUGUACCUCCUCCCCACGUGCACAGAGGAAACCAGACUCAAGGCAGCGUAGGUGAUUUUGGGUCUCUUGUCUCUGUGAUUAUUGGUAUUCAACUGAGUCCUAGUUGCCUGCAUUUAGUUUGGGGGCAACUAAAAGUGAAGAUAGUCAGGGUUUUUAUUUGGGAACACAGCUUUAUUUUAUUGCCAGGUAAAUCACAAAACGUUCCCUGCGUCUGCUGACCACUACAUGCCAAGGGUUUCAGCCAGGGGGGCUCACAGCUUGCUUUCUUUGCUAAUGGCAGGUGCUUAUGUCUGGUAUUUUCCAGCUGACGGAAAAGCUAUUGAGUGAUAGAGACUUUUUCUUUUGUUUUGUCUGAGAACUGAUGCGCAAUCUUUCAUCUCCCUGCCUUCCGUUCAGAAGGGUUAAAUUAUUAGGGAAGGGCCCUCUGGAGCUCUGGAGGCUCAAAUGCUGCAACAGGUAAGACAGAUGUGAGGAGCUUUUUAUUUACUGUGACUAAGUCACUAGGCUGUCUUUGCUGUGGACAGCCUUUGAAAAUAAAAACAGAGGAGUCAAAUCAUCUACUACCAUUGCCUUGCUAGUUGAGAAAGUUUGUUAAAUACUUCGUUUAUGUAUUUUUUACCUCUAGGUAGCAGCACACCAUUGAUUGCACAGCACCAGUGUUCUUUUGUCUCUUUUCCAGCAUGGUUUUGUCUCUGUCCGUUUCCAGGAUCUUCAAGCCCAUUCCCAUAGCAAUCAUACACUUUUUUUUUUUUUCAGUGUAACUGAAUUAAAUGCAAUCAGCGUGUCUAUGCAAGUCUGCACUGUACCAGAAUUUGUAAGGGGUCACUUUUGGUCAGCCUUUGCAUCUCAGCAGUGGGGAGGAGAAAACAUUACCCAUUAGGCUGGCCUGAUCUCUUUCAGCAGGGCUGUCACAUUGCCGUCAGUGAUGUUCUCCUGGUGGAAAAUGCCAUUGUGAAUGCUCUGUAAGGAUAAAAAUUGACAGCUGUUGUAACUUGUACUGACUCAACAAAAAUGCUGUCUGUCAAUGUGUAUUUAACUUCUCCUUUCCCUCUGAGGAAAGUCUUAAGUGUUGCACCAGAGGAGAAAUACAGGCAGCGCUGUGCUCUCCUGUAGCUUAUCCCAUCCUGGUCUUCCACCAAGUCUCAGUAUUUAUCGCAAUGCAGGAUCUUCUUAAGACUGAAAGGCUUUCUAUUUUUUGUUGGUGCUUUGUUUUGUUUUAAUUUAUAAAUUGUAGCAUGGAACUUAGAGUUCUGGUUUAGUCUUCCUACAGAAAAAACAAAUAAAAAUUUUCUCCUUUCAGCCAUCUAAAA